AUGGACAAAGAUUAUGAUGGAAGGAUUGGGAAAAGAAGCUCGGGAAAAAUAAUAAACAAGUUCUUAACUCCGUCUAACUUCAAAGCUGUUAUAGCUCCUCAAAUGAAUCCAGAGAUAAAGGCAUCAUUGUCAGAAAUACUAAUUAAGAGAGACAAACGAGAAAUUGUGGAACAGUUAAGCGACACAGCAAAGAUAGCUGCUGAUAUCUUCUAUGAAGACUCGGCUGCCAGGAAAUAUUUUGCCUUGUCUGGAGCAACUCUUGUACUAAGAGAAGCAACGAAGAAUGCAAAGACCGUUUCUCAAAAGUUCUUGUUUGGAAAGGACUGUCCUGAGAACACCAGAACAGCUCAGACUAUCCAAAAAACAGGAGCUCAAAUAAAAGCGGUGGAAAAGAAAAAGACAGCCCCAAAAAAGGGAAACUGGAAGAGCCCACUGCAAGUUCAUCCUACGCGCAGUGGGCAGAAUUACCGAGCACAACCCUACAAACCGAGAUAUCGUCCCAGUCAGCCACUAUGGAGAAAAACUCAAAACAUAGGAGCUCCGCCAGCUCAGACAAAGAGGAACCACCGUCAUUAG